GAUAGGCCCAGUAAUCGACACUUUUUGUUGUAGUUGUACAUUUUUCGCCAAAAAUAAUAAUAAAAGUGAAAAAUUUUUUUGUUAAUACAAUUCUCUUUUUUGUUGUACAAAGAAAAAUGUUAUUAAACUGAUUCUCGUCGCGUUCUCCCCCUCCGUAAAAAAUAACGGGAUAAACGGCCGCCAGCAACGACACAACAACAACAAAGUGCAAUAAAUACGUGCCUAGAGUGCGCUGCGCCUUCGCUUUAACCGCCAACAAACGCUGCUCCUCCGCCGCUGCACUAACAAAAAAAAAGAACAUACAAGAGCAUAACUUAACCCACACGGAGCGAGGAUAAUGAUAAAGUCCACCACGAAUCCACAGGAACAGCGCCUGCCACGCCCCGAGGAUCAGCAGCAGCAGCAGCCACAGCCUCCUCAUCCGCCACAGCCCCCUUCUGCGCCCGCCACGCCCACGCACCAGGUGGCCGCCGUCAUAGCCAACAUGGACACACUGAAGACCGCCUUUCUGCCCAAUCUCAGCAUGGAUCCCAACGUCCACGUCGCCCCACACUACUGUCCCAUGUGCCACCAGCAGUUCGAGCGGGCGCAGCACGCCGCGGAGCACAUGCAGCUCUGCCAUGGGAUCACGCUUAAUGCACAGGGUGCCAUCACCACGCUGGAGGCCGCCCAGCAGCAGCUGCAGCAGCAACAACAACAGCAGCAGCAGCAACAACUCAAGCCCAGCCAUGCCUGCUUCAACUGUGAUGAAAAGUUCGGUAGCGCGGUGGAACUGGACGAGCACCAUCGGCUCGCGCAUCAGACCACCGCCUUUUUGGCGCGGUGCCUCAUGUGCAGCAUCUAUGGCGUCCACUCGGCCACCCAGCAGCCCAACGAGUUCAAGUGUUCGCAAUGCGGCUCCGUUUGCACCACAGCCAUGCUGGCCGCCGGACAGCAGAGCUUCAUGGAUCAGCAGCAGGAGGCGGCAGUGACGCCCGAUGAUCAGCUGCCGGCGAUGGCACCGCGUGAUAUGAGACUGACGCCCGAGGAGCAGCACCACCAGCAGCAACUGCAGGCGGAGCAGCACCACCACCAACAGCAGCAACAACAGCAGCAGCAGCAGCAGGAACUGCUGGAGCAGCAGCAGCAGGCGCAACAUCAGCAGGUGCAGCAUCAUCAGGACCAGGAUCUCGCUGGCGGCGAUCAGGUGGCGUUGAAGGUGCCACCGCUAACCGUCAAGUUGAACAAGAAUGGAGCCAAUGGCAGCGGCGGGGCCAUUGUGGCCCAUCCGCAGGUGAUCAUCAAGGAGGAGCCUCUUAGUCUAAGUGAUAGUGGCGAUGUGGGUAACGCUGUGCCCGUCUAUGCCAUACAAGCGAAUCCCGGCGUCACGGCCCCAGGAGCCACAUCCACGGUGCUCGUCGGCACGCAAACAGUGCCCGCAGAUCUGGCGCAUAAGAUACGGCACAAAUGCCCGGACUGUCCGAAGACCUUCAAAACUCCCGGCACACUGGCCAUGCACCGCAAGAUCCACACAGGCGAAGCAGACGCCACGCCCAAAGAACGCCCCUACACGUGCUCCUACUGCGGCAAGUCCUUCACUCAAUCGAAUACACUAAAACAGCACACUCGCAUACAUACAGGUGAGAAACCCUUUAGAUGUGGCUAUUGUGGCAGGGCGUUCACUGUUAAGGAUUACCUGAACAAACAUUUAACGACUCACACGGGUGAGAAGCCCUUCCAUUGCGGCUACUGCGAGAAGUCCUUUAGCGUGAAGGACUAUCUCACCAAGCACAUACGGACGCAUACCGGCGAAAAGCCAUAUACCUGUCCGUACUGUGACAAGCGCUUCACGCAGCGCAGCGCCCUAACGGUGCACACGACCAAGCUGCAUCCGCUCUAGGGCAGGCCGGGCGGUGGCCGCCAGUUAAACGUUGCUGCCUCGGCCGAUGAUCCACCUCCUCGAGAUGCUAAAGCCGACGCGGAUCCCAAGAAGCCACCGGCCUAGAGGAAGCAGCAACCACCCAAGAAACAAAAAAUGAAAGACCUAUUUCAAAGACGAGACACAGAGACACACACUCACCACUCACUCACUGGAAGGCGAGGAAGGAGUGGAGCGGAUGCAACCAACGACUGGCAAAUCUCUUCACAGUGCUGCUAGAUACUAAAUUAGAUUUUCAUUAAAAAGAUUCGGUUAACACAAGAAGCAAAAAACAAAGUUGUACUAAACACUAGCGUACAGUUCGUAGUAUGUUUAAGUUAUUGCAAUCGAUUUUUGAUUUUUAUUAUUAUUAUUAUCAUUAUUAUUAUUAUUUUUGGUUAUGUAGAUGUUUUGCAAUUUUACACACACACACCUAUUGUAUAUCGUAUAUCGUAUAUCGUAUAUUUGUUAUUCUAUGAGAUUUUAUAUGGUGACUCCUUGGCGCACACUCACUAAAGCGCACACUACCCGACACGACACAGAAACACAGACACACUACACGACAAAAACACAAGACCUACACAACGUCUAUUAUUUAUAAAGAGAUAGAAAAUAUUUUUUACUCAUUAUACUUUGUGGCAAUAUUAUUUUUACUACUUCCUGAACUUGUUUUCAAAAUGUUACAAAAAGAGAAACAGCAAAACAAUGAAAGGUAAACAAAAAAACAAAAAACUCAUCAUGUCUACGCGCAAAACUUAAAUUAUUUUUUAAAUUAUACAUUUAUAUUAUUCGAACUCAAAACAACACACAAAAUUAUUAUUUAUUCUCUAUACACUUUUCAAAAUUUCUCAAAACUCGUAGAGAGGAAAUGGCGAAAGGAAACACACACGAAAUUUAGUCAUUUCUUUAACUAAAAACAAAAACAUAUAUUUUUGCACACGAGCAGGAUCUCGUUUGUUUUGGCUUUAACAAAUUUAUUUACUUUUAAUUUUAAUAACCAAAUGAUUUAAUCAUUUUUUAGCUUGUUUUUAUUGACAAAGAGGAAGUGAAAUGUUAACCAUUGUUUAUUUUUUAAAUUAUUUAAGUUGUGAAAGCGCUGCUUUUGUACGUAACAGUGAGAUUGUAUAAAAACAAAACAAACAAAAAACUAAACCAAUCAAUUAACUAAGAAAUUAAUUUUACAAAAUUUGCAUUUUUUUAACGCAAUAAAAAUAAAAAAAAAACAAAGUAUUUAAGGCAAACAAUUUAAAAUUAAAAUGAGAAUUAAAUCUACGCUAAAACGCAACACAGCUUUAUGCGCCAAACUAGAACUUUAAAAACAAAUUUAACAUAACGAUCCAUCGAUACUUCUCGAGUUGUUUUUUGUAAUAUAUUAUAAAUACGGAUCCAACAUUUUUACUACUACCGAUCGAUCGAUCACUUGCAAGACGAUGAUGAAGAGUUGUACGUACUAAAAACCAACUAAAACUUAAACUAAAAACUGUAGCAAAACCAAAACCAUGUACAUUUUUAUAACAUAGUGUUAUAUAAUUAUAAAGUAUACAAAUCUAUAUAUAUAUAUAUAUAUAAAUAUAAACCUGUAUCUAAUAUUAAUGCAUAAUACACUCAAAAACAAAUUGUCUACCUAACGGCACAUAGCACAGCAACAAAAAACGAUGCGCAGCGCAUGUAAAACCAAAAUAAAUUCUAAGUACUAAAAUAUUGUAAUUCAUUAAGUUUUAAAUAAAUUAAAACCGAGAUGAGUUGACGAUCAAAACAAGCUGGCAGAGAAAUCAACAAGAGAACGAAAGCUUAACUAACAGCCGCAGCACUAAUUAACUCGAACUCGAAAAAGCCCCAGCCACAGCGAACGCCAUGUGAUCAGUGAUCAAAAGAAAAUUAAAGCACUAUUUGUACACUACUUUUUCAGUCAUAAAACCCCUUAAACCCCCCGAUUUUAAAGCCUCGUGUCAAUGAUCUCUGAUCGAAAAGCGUGGCGUUGGCAGGCGGCAUCACGAAACUAAUCACGAUACGUACUAAAUACUGACUAACUAUUAGAUCUUAGCCGCGAAUCAACCAAAAAAAACGAAGCCAGACAGCCACAACAGACACCUACACACACAGAACACACACGAUCAUAAGCAAGUGAGUAAUUAGCAAUUAAAUGUAAUUAAAGUGAAAUUUAUUAUAAUUAUUACUAUAUAUAUAAAUAUAUAUUACGACUAUGUAUGUAAAUGUACUUGCAAUCUUAAUUUACGUGACAAAAAAUAGCAAAUAUUCGAGCAAUAUUUCAAUUAAAAAAAAACGUAUAAAAUGAAACAAUACAUAAACAAAAUAAAGUCCAACAACCAAUGUAGAAAGAUUAUGUACGAAAAGAAAA